AUGGAUGACAAUAACGAACCUCAAACCAACGUAGUGUCACUUCACUUACCACCUUUUUGGCACAGCGAUCCGGCCAUUUGGUUUACGCAAGUUCAAGCACAAUUUGCCCUCCGCAGAAUUACACAGGAGAUGACAAUGUUCUAUCAUGUGCUUGCCGCAUUACCAUCAGAAGUAGUUGCCGAUGUUCGAGAUAUUUUGUUAUCUCCCGACCCCAUCACUCCAUUCCAACAGCUCCGCGAUGCUCUAAUCCGUCGUACCUCAAUUUCAGAACACAAAAGGCUAGAACAACUUCUAGCAGAUGAAGCACUGGGAGACCUGACACCAUCGCAACUCCUGCGCCGUUUGAUUUGCGUUAAGGGAGAACGAAAGAUAGACACUGGUCUAUUCACUCAAAUAUUUUUAAAACGGCUACCUCAACAUGUCCAAGCCAUUCUAGCCCCAUCCGUAAUGGAAGUUCCAAUUGAUAAGUUGGCAAUGAUGGCGGACCGUAUACUGGAUGUCCAACCGCAGGUCAACUCGCUAGACCACCAUACCCCCGGCCCAUCAAAUAACGAUUUAUCAGAUCGGAUAACACGAUUGUCACAACAGCUAAAUGAGAUGAGCAUCUCUAGGGCACCUCAUUUCAGACGUCGAUUGCGAUCUCCUUCCCGCAACUCCAAAUGCCGUAAUUUCCCCCGAUCUCCUUCACGUUUUUACUCACAUAGUUCUUCGUCUAGUCAGGCAUCGAACCCCGCAUUUUGUUGGUACCAUCAGAUAUUUGGACCAGAGGCAAAGAAAUGUAGACACCCCUGCACAUUUAAGUCACAACUAAGAGUGGAUUUUAAGGCUCCGGGAAACGAAUAG